CAUGAAGCUCAUCCCAGUGCACAAAGCCGUGGACAUCCUGCGAUGAAAUCGAUAAAGCCGGAGCGAUCAUCUGAUGGAGCUGUGUGUAAAUAUGCAGUGCUUGCUUCAAGUCAGAUGUUGCAAACAUCAUAUAAGGCUAAUCCAACGACACUGUCAGUUAAUAAAACGCCGAUACGGAUUCCACCGGAGACAGCAAUACCGAGAGUUGCGCUUACUCCAAAAGCUUUUCCCUCACAGGUGAUCUAUACAAUUGUAUAUUAG